CUAGAGGGGGAGCGAGAUGGUGUGUUGUGGGGAUGUAUUGACUGUGUUGCGCAUCUUUUAUAAACAAGGCGAAAAGUGAGCAUUCAGUUUGGUGUUCUUCAAAAAGGAUGCUGUGCUACUGCGCCGGCGCGUGUCCGGACGGCGCCGUCAACAACACGUGCGUGGCGCCGCCCACCGCCUGGUGCUUCGCGGCCGUCAGCGAGGCGUGGGACGAGCGCAGCGGCCAGUUCGGUCCAGAGCGCACCUAUGGCUGCCUCCAGCCCGACGAGACGGGCUACAUGCAGUGCAAGAGCGCCAACAGCCCAUUCGCGGUGCCGACGACCAUCGAGUGCUGUCGCAAUCGGAACCACUGCAACCGGGAGCUGCGGCCUAUGUACGUGCGUCGGCCGGGCGACGGCGACCUGACCAGCGAGUACCUCGGGUACGACGACACUGUCCACCAGAUGGCGCUGCUGAUAUCAGUCACGCUCUGCCUCGUCAUCUUCGUCAUUGUGGUGGCCAUCGUCUACCUGAGGUACCGCAAGCGUCUGGAGGAGCGCCGCGACCCAGAUGACGUCAUCCCCGAUUACGAGGCGCUGAUCGCCGCCAGCCACGGCCUGGCAGAGACCAGCAGCGGCAGCGGCUCCGGCAAACCCUUCCUGACGCAACGGACCAUCGCGCGCGAGAUCGUCGUGGGCGAGACGGUCGGCCAGGGCCGCUACGGCCUGGUGAAGCGCGGACUCUACCACGGCCAGCCGGUGGCCGUCAAGGUGUUCUUCACGCUUGAGGAGGCCUCCUGGCAGCGCGAGAAGGAGGUCUACGAGACGUGCCGCCUGCAGCACCCCAACGUGCUCGGGUUCGUGGCGGCCGACAUCACGUCGAGCGGCGGCGCCCGCGGCUGCACGGAGAUGUGGCUCAUCAGCGAGUACCACAGCGGCGGAUCGCUGUACGACUACCUGCGCGAGCACGUGCUGCAGCCGAUCGACACGCUCGUCAUGUGCCUCUCCAUCAUACAGGGCCUGGACUACCUGCACAAGGAGGUGGUGGCCACCAGUGUGCGGCCGGCCAUCGCGCACCGCGACAUCAAGUCCAAGAACAUCCUGGUGAAGGCGGACGGCGAGUGCUGCCUGGCCGACUUCGGCCUGGCCGUCAUGUACACCAGCUGCGGUGAGAAGCAGCAGCUGGACGUGGCGUGCACGCGCCAGGGCACGCGCCGCUACAUGGCGCCCGAGGUGCUGGACCAGACCCUGGACGUUCGUAGCUUCGAGGCCUUCAAGCAGUCGGACAUGUACUCCACCGGGCUCGUCUUCUGGGAGGCGGCGCUCAGGUGCGCCACCGGCGACAAGAUGCGCGACUACGAGGAGUACGCGGUGCCGUACGCGGGCAUGGUGCCGGCCGACCCGAGCUUCGACGACAUGCACCGGCUGGUGUGCGUCGGGAACGUGCGGCCGCCGCUCCGCCUGAUGCAGGAUUGCUGGCGUCGCACGCCCGGCGCCCGGCUGCGCGCCCUCAACGUCAAGAAGCACCUGCUGGUCGCCGUGCAGGCCGAGCGGCGCGCCGCCACCCCCGCCGUACACCUCUAG